GCCGUAGAACAUCUUCACGGGAGCACUGCAUACAGGGACGUCGAGUAAAUUUCACAGUGGACCAAAUAACUCCAGUGGCCAGGUCCAGGUCAUCCUAUCAUUCUGCGGAGUAUGUUCUGCGGAGUAUGCCGCCCCUUACAUUCUAAGAACAUCCAAGCUCUUGGCCAAUCCUGCCAGGCAGCCUAUCUCUAUCAUUUCGAUUCCGCGUGCAUGGCGACGAAACCGCCAAAGGCGUUCGCUGAAAUCGUGCUGUAUAUCCUGGCAGUUGUGAACAUCGUCUGCACGAUCCUACUUGUGCGUAGGCUUCAAUUUCCUGGUUUUUCGCAAGAUGCAGCCAAUGUUUCCUACACAUAUAUCGGCGAGGACUACCCUGUGGAAUACCCUCUGGGUCAGCUUCCCAAAGUCGACAUGACCCUACAGGAAUCCAUGCAUUACGCCCUCGAUGCGAAUGACUCGCUAUCGCAUGAAGAGUGGAGGAGCGUCAUGCUCCGGCCGGAAGGCGCGGGUCGAGUGAGACUCGGUCCGCAACAUCGCCUCUUCGUGAUGACAUUCUAUCACCAGCUGCACUGCCUCUACCAUAUCCACCGGGGCCUCGUAGGCUUGACAGACCCGGUCGGACCCCAUCUCCAUCAUUGCCUGAACUAUCUUCGGCAGACGUUCCUCUGCGUCGCGUCGGAUGCGUUGGAAGAGGGCGAUUUUAUGGAGCGCGAUUACGCGAAGAAUAGGGUUGGAGAUGAAACGAUCUGUGAGGAUUGGGAGAUGAUGUAUGAUGCGCUUGAUCGAAACAAUGCAGAAUGGAUGGAGUGGGCUGCCCAGUGGGAUCGAUAGAACUAAUUCGUAUUGACG